CAAACACCAUGUGGUUGGUGUGUCACAGGAAUAUUCUGAUUAGUUACUAAGUGUUCAGGACUUGGGAAGGCAUUUGUCACUUCUCGAGGCUGGAAUAUAUAUGGUUACUUUCAGUAGUGUUACAACAUCAGAGCUGCCAUCCCCACAGCACGUUUGCAUCAGCUUCUUGGACAGGCCGGGCCCAUGAAGUGCCAGGCGAAGAAUAACAUGGCCCAGAUGGAGAAGAGGAGACCCACUGGGAGGGUUUCGGAAAUCUUGGAAGGUGACGGUAUGCUUUCCCGUGUCUCCUUCUCCCUGCCCUGAGCCCACAUCUGCGGGCUUGUGCAGCUCUGCACUCUGCCCGUUGUAUAGUCCCGGCCCGAGAAAGGUUGUAGCUGAGAAACACCCAGGUCGUGGCCCUCCACCAUGGGGCGGGGGGAUGACGUUUGGCUCAUUUUUAGGCAUGGGACUUAAAUUUCUGCGGGUGUCCUGCAUCAUUCGCUUCUGGUGCAAGUUACCAUUCCACGGAUGAAAGAACACGGAUCUCUUUCAGUCUACCUUUGUGACGGAUUUUCAGACUCGAGAAGGAUGGAGGCUGUUCGUGGCCUGGAAAGCCUGUUGGCCACCGCUGAGGUGCCAGGGAACCAGCCCCUUACAUGUCAGAAAGCUGCAGUGCUCUCUGAGAAGGACGGAGAGAAACUUGACUCCACAGGGAGAGCUGGUUGGAGGAAAAGACCCGCAGUCCUAACCGCUAGCAUCUCGUUAGUGACGCUUCACGUGUACAAACGUGUUCUAAAUACCAUACAAGUUAUAGUUCACCGAAAUCUCCAGAAAACGUACGUGAUAGGUAAUAUUGUAUCCCUUUUGCACAGCAGGAAACUGGGAUUCACUGAGGCAAAGUAAUCUGUCGAGUUACUGGUUGGUAAAUGGUAGGGCUGGGCUUUGAACACGGGAGGUUGGGCUCUAGAACCCCACAUCAUGAGCCAUGGUGUUAGGUAGCUGUCUGGGCGGGGGUAGUGGGCUGUAGAAAAUGUUCCCGUCUGCCCAUCUCUACCUUGGCAUCAUAGUCAAUCGCUGGUGUGUGUAUGUGCGUGCGUGCAUGAGUGCUGUUCUAAGAAAAACAUGGGUUGCUUUUGUAAAGUGUAAUCGAAAAGUAGAACAGGAGUCACUAUGUCCAUCCUACCUAUUUGGGGGAAAUUAAUGUUAAAGAGAGAGAGAUAGGCUUGAUUUGCAGCAGAAAAGAUCACGUGUGGAUACCUAGAACUCCCUUGUACCUGAUGUCAUUAGCAGGGGAUUGAAGCAUAACAAAAAUGAUUGUUGCUAUUGUUGUUAGAUUGUUGUUGCGUACCUAGAUUGACUGUGCCUCUCUCUUAUUUUUCUGAAUAAGAUCCCCUUUGGAAACCUCUCCUAUAUAAUGACUAGGGUCACCUACAGUGAUUCGGAUGGCAAUUGUCCACCAAAGAUAUCAUUUAAAAAGGGGGGUAGGGCAGAAAAAAAGUUGAAAAUGUCAAAACUCAUGGCUGGAAGUAUCAAACCUUUUAAAUGGCCUUUCAGAACUUUUCAAGCGCUCGAUCGGUAGGGUAAGAGGUCCUCUUCAAAUUGGAAAUAAACGUCGGAUGGUACUGUUGUUUGGAGAUCGUAUAUCCACACAUCACUGCCAUUUCUUUGGGAGAGUUGAUAUCACCCGAUGGGUGGGUCCAAACCAUUUCCUGUGGUGUAUACAUCCAUACUGAACAUCUCUUCAACGUCAUCAAAAAAUUAUUUCGUGUACCCUGUGCCGUAUGCAAGAAUCUAAAUCGGUACAGAUCUUACUGUUUAAGGAGGACAAUAGGUGAUCAGCAAAUGGGAAUAUUAUGAUGCUGGACAAUGUGGAUGAAGACCCACUGACGUCAUAUUCAGUCAUUGUGAGAAAAACAAUGGAUGUGAGAAAAUGUGAAUUGCUCGUACCGAGUGCAGUUGAGAAGAGGAAUUGUUACGGCCAUCUGGAUUAUUUGAGGGAAGUUAAUGCUAAAAAAAAAAAUUAAAAGGAGGAACUGUGGCAGUAUAGAAACUAAGCCGAGCACAGGGCCUAGUGGCCAUCGUUGGUGGAAUGAGGGUGGCAGGGCUCUGGACAGAGACCGAGAGCGUUCAUCCUUUGGGGUCCGGUGAUAGUUAUAAGAGGUCACCCUGACUGGGGUCUUACCAGUUGCCAAGUUCAUGUGAUUCUAACAGCCCGUUAAGGAGCACUCUGCCUAAGUCAAACUCAGAGGACGGCUCUGUAGGAAAAGGAGAUUGGAAGAAGAAAAAUAAGUAUUUCUGGCAGAACUUCCGAAAGAACCAGAAAGGAAUAAUGAGACAGACUUCAAAAGGAGAAGAUGUGGGCUACGUGGCCAGCGAGAUAACAAUGAGUGAUGAGGAACGGAUUCAGCUGAUGAUGAUGGUCAAGGAGAAGAUGAUCACCAUCGAGGAAGCACUUGCAAGGCUCAAAGAGUAUGAGGCCCAGCACCGGCAGUCAGCGGCCUUGGACCCUGCCGACUGGCCAGACGGUUCCUACCCGACGUUCGAUGGCUCGUCAAACUGCAACUCAAGAGAACAAUCGGAUGAUGAGACUGAGGAGUCGGUGAAGUUUAAGAGAUUACACAAGCUGGUCAGCUCCACUCGCAGAGUGAGAAAGAAACUAAUCAGGGUGGAAGAAAUGAAAAAGCCCAGCACCGAAGGCGGGGAGGAGCAUGUGUUCGAGAAUUCCCCAGUUCUGGAUGAGAGGUCCGCCCUUUAUUCUGGAGUACACAAGAAGCCAUUUUUCUUUGAUGGCUCUCCUGAGAAACCUCCAGAAGAUGAUUCAGACUCUCUCACCACUUCUCCAUCAUCCAGCAGCCUGGAUACCUGGGGAGCCGGCCGGAAGUUGGUCAAAACCUUCAGCAAAGGAGAGAGUCGGGGCCUGAUUAAGCCCCCCAAGAAGAUGGGGACGUUCUUCUCCUACCCAGAAGAAGAAAAGGCCCAGAAGGUCUCCCGCUCCCUAACUGAGGGGGAGAUGAAGAAGGGUCUCGGGUCCCUGAGCCACGGGGUAAGUACGGAUGGUGUUUGCUUCUAUGACCACCACCGACGUAGGCACCACCUUCUAGUGUCCCUGGAGGAGGUUCAGAGUGUCCGGAAGCAAAUCCGCCUGAAGAAAAUGGAUGCUAAUUAUUCAUGUUCCAGAGCUUUUCUCUGCCAGCGUCCCUCCAGAAAAGGAGUCAACAGUGUGACCUGUGACCUGCUCCGGCAGAAACCCAAAGGGGGAGGGAGCUGCGGCGUCCCCAGCAGGAGGGCGCGCGGGCGCCCCUCGGUCAGCGAGUUCAAUAUCACCUACGUGGUGGAGCGGAGCCUGUACAGCCACCUGAACCUGACCCAGCUAGUGCGGCCUGCCUCGGACAGGACCCUGAGCAAGGCCGAGAGACAGGACCUCAGGCGGUGCCUGCUGGAGGAGGAUGAGGAGACCAAGAGGAAGUGGGCCGCCACGGUCGACCGCUGUACUAAAAGGGUUCUCUUGAGAAUCCACCAGAAGUCCAGAACCUGCAGUUUUGGAGGAUUUGACUUGACGAAUCGUUCUCUACACAUUGGCAGCAACAGUUCGGACCCAAUGAGUAAAGAAGGAGAUUUUGUGUACAAAGAAGUUAUCAAAUCACCCACGGCCUCCCGCAUCUCUCUUGGAAAAAAGGUGAAAUCCGUGAAAGAGACAAUGAGGAAGAGAAUGUCUAAAAAAUACAGCAGCUCUGUCUCUGAGCAGGACUCGGGCCUGGAGGGAAUGCCCGGCUCCCCUCCGUCUUCACAGCCUGACGGUGAACACAUGGACAAACCGAAGCUCAAAGCCGGAGGUUCUGUCGAGAGUCUGCGGAGUUCUCUGAGUGGCCAGAGCUCGAUGAGUGGUCAGACCGUAAGUACCACGGAUUCCUCAACCAGCAACAGGGAGAGUGUCAAGUCAGAAGACGGUGAUGAUGAGGAACCCCCCUACCGGGGCCCCUUCUGCGGGCGCGCCAGGGUGCACACCGACUUCACGCCGAGUCCCUAUGACACGGACUCACUCAAGCUCAAGAAAGGAGACAUCAUUGACAUAAUCAGCAAGCCACCCAUGGGCACCUGGAUGGGUCUGUUGAACAACAAGGUUGGCACAUUCAAGUUCAUCUAUGUAGAUGUGCUAAAUGAGGAAGAAGAGAAGCCCAAGCGCCCCACCAGGAGGAGGAGAAAAGGAAGACCACCCCAGCCCAAAUCUGUGGAGGAUCUCCUUGAUCGGAUCAACCUGAAAGAGCACAUGCCCACUUUCCUGUUCAAUGGGUAUGAAGACCUGGACACCUUUAAGCUCCUGGAGGAGGAAGAUUUGGAUGAGUUAAAUAUCAGGGACCCGGAACACAGGGCUGUUCUCUUGACGGCGGUGGAGCUGUUACAGGAAUAUGACAGUAACAGCGACCAGUCGGGAUCCCAGGAGAAGCUGCUUGUCGACAGCCAGGGCCUGAGUGGAUGCUCUCCACGAGACUCCGGGUGCUACGAGAGCAGCGAGAACCUGGAAAAUGGCAAGACUCGGAAGACCGGCCUUCUCUCUGUCAAGUCGUCAGUGGAGUCCAGCUUUAAGUCCUUCAACAGGAAUCAGCUGGGCAACUACCCAACCCUGCCUUUAACAAAGUCCGGGGAUGCCCUGAAGCCCGGGGAGGAAGGCAGGCUGGGCAGCGGUCUCGCCCCUCACACCUCCAAGUGCUGUGACCAGCCAUGUGUGACCGGUGUGAACAAAAACCGAAGAAGCCUGCCCGUUUCCAUCUGUCGGAGCUGUGAGACCCUGGAGGGCCCCCAGCCCGUGGAAACUUGGCCCAGAUCCCAUUCCCUGGACGACCUUCAAGGAGAGCCUGCUGCUGAGAAGGAUGUGCCCGGCGAGGUGACAGAACCCUCCCCUCAGAUUGUACCACAAGUGCCACAAAAGACAACCCCCUCCAUCACAAAGGUUCAAAGCCCCAAACGAGAUCCUGCUGUUGACAAUGCACUGCUACUGACCCAAAGCAAGAGAUUUUCUGAACCUCAGAAGACAGCUAAGAAACUAGAUGGUUCCAUAGCAGCCUCCUCCCGUGGCACAUCACCUCCUCCGUGUUUGCCCAAAAACUAUGAUGCUCAGCCUCCUGGAGUUAAACACGGUUUAACAAGGACACCUCUCGAGGGUCACAGGAAAGGACUCGAGUCUGAAGGAACGCAUCAUCCCGCGGGCACCAAAGAAGGCCUAGAUGCCGAGCAGAGGGGCCCCGAGGCAAGAACGCAGGCCAGACAUCCCUCCCAGCCUCCACCUGUUCCCGCCAAGAAAAGCCGAGAACGCCUGGCCAACGGACUCCACCCCGGCCCUCCCGGUCCCGACGCACCAAGCCUGCCCGCUAAAAAAGGCAGCCCCAGUGACUGUCACUCACCUCAGGCUCCUAGGCCUCCCUCGGCACAGGAGCCCGGCAGCCCACCCAGCUCGAGGCCGCCGCCCUGGCUCUCAGAGCUCCCGGAGAGCGCCAGCCUCCAGGAGCAUGGCGUGAAGCUGGGCCCGGCUCUGACCAGAAAGACCUCCUGCGCCCGGGGAGUGGACCUGGAAACGCUCACUGAGAACAAGUUGCGAGCUGAAGGCAUCGAUCUCACUGAGGAGCCGUACUCUGAUAAGCACGGCCGCUGUGGGAUUCCCGAAGCCCUGGUGCAGCGAUACGCAGAGGACUUGGAUCAGCCCGAGAGGGAAGUUGCCACCAACAUGGACCAGAUCCGCGUGAAGCUGCUUCGGAAGCAGCACCGCAUGGCGAUCCCAAGCGGUGGACUCACAGAAAUCUGUAGAAAGCCCCUCUCUCCCGGAUGUGUCUCGUCUGUGUCAGAUUGGCUGGUUUCCAUCGGUCUGCCCAUGUAUACCAGCGCCCUCACUGAAGCCGGGUUCAGCACAUUGGGCCAAGUGCCUUCUCUGUCCCACACUUGCCUUCAGGAGGCCGGCAUCACAGAGGAGAGACACAUAAGCAAGCUUGUGUCUGCAGCCAGACUCUUCAAACUGCCACCAGGCCCCGAGGCCAUGUAGCCAGGCCCAUCAUGGAGCUCCCCGGACAAGAGCCACCCUUUCACUGUGCUUAGGAUGCUAAUGCAAUCCCUCCUCCUUGGGACCUGCAGACCAGAUCCAGAAGAAAGGCCCAGUGUAAGGCCGACCGGAGCACGAAACCUCGGCACGGGACUGAUGACCCUCUCUUCUCCAGAAGAGCCCCCCUCGAGGAAACUGGUGUGGUUCUCUUUGACUCCCCCAAAGAAAAGACAAGCACUAACUUUUAUUUUCAGAACACAAAAGAACCAGGAUGCCAGCUCGCCGCCCAUGCUGUGCCUCCAGUCUGUCUUGGUGUGCUGGCAGAGGGAGGGGGCAGCCACUGUCAUUUCUGAGAAUGCCCUUGCCUUGCUGUCUGUCACCCUGCGGGAUGCCUGAGGGCAGGCGGGUAUUGGCCAGGCCAAAGUAACAGACCCAGGAGUUACUGUACGCCAUUGACUAUGCUUGUUUAUUCAAAAGUAAGAAAAUCUGGCUGCAUUAGGAAAAAAAAAAAAAAAGUCCUAUUCUCCUUUAAGUAAACAAGAGACAUUUUAAUAAUUGCUUUCUAGCAAUCAGCUUUUAUUUGCCUUAAUAUAAGCUUUUAAGCAGUUAUCUGGUGUUCACCACCCUGUAACCAUAGUUCCAGAUCUUCAGCCUAGACUGCCAUCUAACAUACCAGAGAUGUUUUCAGCAAAAAAGAAAAAAAAAAAAAAAAAAAGAAAAAAAAAAAGAAAGAAAAGAAAAAAAGGGCUUUUCUAAUUGCCUCACUCUAACAUGGCUUAAUUUGUAGGGGUGUUUGUCAGGCACAAACUUCAUGUUGGCUUUCAGUUUUUAAACUAACCACAAAUCCAGUAAAAAGCUAUCUGAAACUCACAGACCAGGUGUGUAUGUGAGCGUGCAUGCAUGUGUGUCCGUGUGUGAGCGCGUGUGUAUAGAAACUACCUUCAUUUUAAAUCAGUUUUGUUUUGUUUACGAUGUUGGUCACCGUGCUGCAGUAUUGACUUUGACUCCCGACCACGACCAUUCCAGAAUUCACUCAUCAGCUAACAGGUCACCUUUGCAAAGCCACCGUAAGGUUGAAUAUUUCAGAAAGAUGCUUUUAAAAGGGAAGUAGUUUAUAAGAGAUUUUUAAAGUUGUUUUUUUUCCACUUUUAUAAUUAAGGUACUGUUUUCCUCCCUUUAUUGAGAUCAUUCUUUUAAUUCAGAUAAUAGUUCAUUCUGGAGCCAGACAAAGCACGUUAGCCAUGUAUUAAAUAUUUGCCAUUUUCAGUUGUUUUCCUACUGAUUAGAGCAUUUACCGUUCUCUUUUAGUCUGGUGUCUGACUUUUCUAGCACACAGAAAUUUAGGCAACUAAAUUAAGGUUUCCGUCGCUUACUAAAUGAAUUUCCUCUACAUUCUUAGUCAUGAGAACUAUUCUAAGCAUUGAAUGUGAUCACUGACAACAAACACUUUGAAGACAAAGCCUUGAUCAAAAGCUUUUAAACAUUUCAUCUCCUUGUUAAAAUGAUUCCCCUCAAGGGGGGGGGGAGUAACUUCACUCAUUACAAAGCCAUCUUCAGCAUUUGCUCUAUGUACUUGGAUCCGUGUUUCUGAGGAAAAGGAUGUUCUCAGGUUAUAUAUUUUUUUCACGCUUUGGUAUACAUUUAAAAAAAAUACGUUUCUUCAAUAGUAUUCACCUUCUAUAAGACGCCAUGUGAAAAAGUUGUGGAAAUGCAGAAUAAAAAGCUAAAAGCUGCCAACUUGCUACCGAGAUCUGAAAAACAGCCCAUUUUUGCCAUCUCGGGUUGUGCACACAGCCCACGUGGAAUGUGACGAUACCGUCGAACUGUAGCGCUUGUGCUGUGGUGGAGACAGGUGCAGGGACACGGAGCCUCGGCACGACAUUCUGAGAUCCUGCUCAUAGUGUAAGCCGACCACACACAAGUCACACAACAGAUAACAGAGGAGGAGGGGUCAUCUGUGAAUUUCCCAGUGUUAGUUCAUUUUCAGUGUCAGAUUUUCACAUAAGUAAAAGUGGCACCAGAAAAGGGAAUGUUCUGGAGUUCUUGAAAAUGCCAAACCCUAUUUUUGUCAUUCUUCUUUGGAAAUCAUUGCCUUUGCGUAGAAAAAUCAAAUUCAGGGACCAUGAAUGAUUUUCAGUGGGAAGAUCUUCCUAACCUGAGGGGUCUGAGAUUUUUACUUUAUCGUGCUUUUAAAAAAAAUUUUUUUUUUGUUAUUGUUAGUAUUUGUUUGGUCUUUUGCUUUAAACUUUUAAUUUGAUCCUAGAAAAGCCUGAAUGUUUGUGUGUGACAUUUGACUAAGGUGGUUUAGGGACCGCGUGUCAGAAGACAGGUAGGUAGGUGUUAGGCGCCAGCAAUAUCCGGUUUUAAUCAAUUGCACUUGGUACAGAAUGUUGAGGAAGGGUUUAAAGUGUCGUCUUUGGAAAGCACAAAAGAAACCUGGAAAGGCAGUUUGGCUCAGGUAGCUACACAUCCGUUGUGUGUAAUUUUUACUGUAAAGCUGUCUAGAAGGAAAUGCGGCCAGCCCCAACCACUAUUUACAUUCCCAGAUAACCAGGAAGCAGAUACAUUUUCAUGGCCUUCUCUUAGCAGCCCUUUUCUCUGUCCUGAUCCCCGGUGUGGGGGAAAUUGGAAAUUACUAGUCUAUUGCAAACCAGUUCCUGACAUAGCAAAAUUUGCUUUCAUAACUGCAGCAAAAGAAAUCAGUUCACCAAGUCAAUGCUGCAUUGUGUGUACUGUAUUAUUUUCAGAAAAUAUAGUAGUCUGAGUCCAAGUUACCUUGAUUUUAAAUUGAUAGAGAAAUGCAAGAAACUGUCAAGCAAGUUAUAUAACAACUAACAACAUUGCACUUUCUGUAUAUGAAAUCAAUAUUUAAAUAACUUAUUUUUCUCCAUUGCUGUUCUUAAACAUUGUAAGUAGCUGUAAUAUACCAGUACCGAUAUGUCCUUGCGAUUGCUUCAGCCCAGGAAAGCUGUGUAUUGUUUUAAAAAUUGUAAAAACUAUUGUGAUGAUUCAUUUAGCAAAGAGAAAGGUGGACAGAAGGGUUUUCCUAUGUAUCAAACUUGUCUAUAAUUAUGUCAUCUUAUGUACCUAGGAAAAAUAAAUAAAUUUCGUCAGUUGA